CGUGCAGAAGAGUGACGAGAAAGAAAAGCCAAAUCAAAUUCAACCCAAAUCAUAACUAAUUUAUGGUCAUCAUCAUAUAUUAGUGAUCCCAAUAUAUUUCAGUUUUGAUAUAUCAUUAAAAAAAUGUAUAAAAUACUUUCACAGCAACCCAAAUCUCAAUAUCAAGAUGAUCCAUCAACGACAACUUCUAAUGUUCCUUCGGAGUUCCUCUCUCAGGCAGUGUUUGCAGGAGAGAGUUUCUGGGGUCUUGAAGCUGCAUAUGGACGUGUCGACGGAGUUGUCAAAACUGUUACAGGUUAUUGCGGAGGAACCCUCAGAAAACCUACAUACAGAGAGGUGCGUGAAGGAAGAACAGGGCACACUGAAGCAGUGAAAGUCACAUACGAUAAAAGGAAAACAUCUUACAGAUCUCUCUGUGACGCAUUCUGGGAAACCCAUGAUCCCACCAACAAGGACUUUCUUGUAAUUUCCUCUCCUGUUUUUAUUAUAUUCAUCAUUCCAAAAUGA